GCUUGCGCACUCGCAACGCGCAGUGCCGUCCGUACGCUCGUCCUUCCGUCAUCUCGCCCAUCAGUCGAGCCUGAGCAGCCGUCGCGGCAACGUGCUCUCCCCCCGUGAGACCGUCGCACGCCUCAAGCUGUCCAAAUGGAUGUGCAGAGCAAUUACCCAGACUUUUUUGAAGGAACUGAGAAAUUGCUAGAGGUAUGGUUCAGCCGCAGCGACGGAAAAGAUGACAACUGCGACCUCCGCAGGAUUUCCAGAGAACACUGGGAGUCCCUUCUGCAAGUGGUCAAGUGUGGAAUCAUUAGCUUCAAAAGAAAUGAACAUCUCGACUCGUACGUGCUCAGUGAAAGCAGCAUGUUUGUGUCCAAGAGGUGCUUCAUUCUCAAGACCUGUGGUUCCACUACCUUGCUGAAUGCAGUCCAGCCUCUGCUGUACAUCGUCCAAGAGCUGACGGGCUUCAAUGAAGUGCUGGAUAUCUUCUACUCACGCAAGAACUUCAUGAGACCAGAACUGCAGAACAAGCCACACACCAGCUUUGAGGAUGAGGUCGAAGUUUUGGACAGUCUUUUCCAAGAUGGUGCGGCCUACUGUAUGGGCAGAAUAAACCAUGACUGCUGGUACUUGUACACGUUGAACACUCCUCUGGGCUACCGUGGAUUUCAAGUGGCCGACCAAACCCUGGAGGUGAUCAUGCAGGAUUUGGAUCAGAAGGUAAUGCGCAUCUUCACCCAGGAGGGCGCCUCCAGUGCCAGGGAUGCGACCCAGAAGUCUGGCAUUGACCAGCUCUACCCAAUGGCCACCCUGGACGAGUAUCUGUUCACACCUUGUGGGUACUCGGUCAACGGCAUCCUCAAGGGGGGUUAUUACUUCACGAUCCACAUCACCCCUGAGCCAGACUACUCCUAUGUGAGCUUUGAGACCAAUGCUCCACAGGACAACUACCAUGACUUGGUUACUACUCUGCUGAAGAUGUUUCUUCCUGGCAAAUUCGUGAUGACAUUGUUUGCCAACAAGCUUUCAGUGGCUGCCAAAGGGAUGAAAGAGAGCUGCAACACAGAGUUCCACAACUACAAUCGCAAGGAGCUGCAGGUGUGCCGCUUCAAUGCAUACGACUUGACCUACGCACUCUUUGAGAAGGCCCCUAGUUGAGGCCCAUUGUGCCGCCUUGUCUGGACAUGCCUCUGAACUGCCUAAUUGAUGGCAGUUUGUCACCACAGCACGUGGGUGGCGACACACUCCCCCCCAGCUGUGGUUGAUCACUGGCGUUCCUCACCCAGAUUUUGGACGCCACAAUUCAAGGACAGGGCGGGCCUUGGACAGGCUCGUGCCUUUUUUUUUCUCACAUUUACUUUUUCAGCCAUUCCAUCUACGUGGCCUAGAUAUUCUUGCCCAGUCAUUCGUAGUUUUACCUGGGAUGCAGUGCAGAGCCACACCUCACAAGUCGCCACUGCGAGAGUUUUAAGGAAGCUUUGAUGGCUUCAGUUCUUGGUCUUUUACAUUUUAUUUUCGUGUUUUUCUUUUUCACAGGGUUUUUUCCCUCAUUCACCAAAGAUAGUAAGCAGCGGAGGCGAUAAAUUGUGUGACUGCAGCCAGUAUCAUCAGUGCAACAUGACGCAUGUUUUUUGAGCUCAUAUGUCAGUAUUCUGGGGAUGCCACUGGUGCUCAUUGGACACAUUUAUGGGGAAAAAUCUCGGACUAGUGCAUUUUGUGUUGUCACCUUAAAUGUUCCAGAAUCGGCCGGUGUGUUCUGUUGAAGUUUCCUUUAAAAUUUUGAAUGAGCUACAUUGACAGACCCAUCCACGCAGUGGCAGUGUUUAGCAAGCUGUGAAUGAUGCAAACCAGCAAAGGACCUUGGCCUUCAGGCAGUCCACCACUGCAGCAACGUCAUUUUCAAACUGUCCAAGCAUCUCUUUUUGCGAUGAUAAAUGCCUUGCAGCUGUUCCUUGGUGUCACAUCUCCAUGCUGGCUGUGCCCACAUUCCUGCAGAUAAUUCAAAGAAAAAAAAUUUGUUCCUAGCUUGUGUGUUUGUCUUCUCAAUGUGAGUGUUCCGAUUGCGAGGCAUGUCCAGACGAGGUGAUGAGGCAUUCUUGGGGAAGGUUAGGGUUCUCUUUGAUCUUAACGUAGUAUCUUGUAGUGAUAGUGCGUUGUGAACCUGUACACACAUAACGCCUGGAUGCCACUGUAACCUAAGUGUUCUCCAGUGGUGCUUGUUUCAAUAAACGAGAAAAGCAA